AUGGGCUAUACUUCCACUUUAAAGUUCAUAAAACUUGGCCACAAGCAACGCCCUUUUAGGCAUCUAUUUGGGCAACCGCAUAAACGAUGGGAUUAUAUCAAAAAUCAGCUAGACAAGCUAAUUAGACAUGGUCGCAUUGAAACUACACUGGAAAGGGCUAAGGAAAUUCAGCAAUAUGCGGAGGAACUUAUAAUCCACUCCAGAAAUGACUGUAAGGAAUCUGAUAUUAUUGUGGAAAGUCUAAUCACAAGUGCAGAGGCUAGAUCAGCGUUGUAUGAGAAGUAUGUGCCUUUGUAUGCUGAAAGGCCGAGAUUUUUCACUAGAGUGGUCAACCAGUGGCAUUUUAGGACCAAAGAUUCAGCCAGUAUGGCUUAUUUAGAGUUUGUAGAUAGGCCAGGAGAGCUUAGACCGGCAAAACCUGUAGGCUCACAAUAUUUACAACACAUAUACAAUCUUAUGAGUCAAACGCGCCGCAACUUUAGGAAGUAUAAACAUGUGGCUAAGAAAUUCGGCUUUUUAGACCAAAAUGGAAGGCUAGUAUCCAAUUAUAUCGCACAAAAACACACAGGAUAUCAGUGGCAUGAAGAAGAUAUUGUCAAAACUAUUCCAGAAAAGAUACAGAGUCAAAAGGUGCUAGAUAGGCUAGAGGAGAUUAAGGAAAUUAACAUUGGCGGUAGGGGAGUAGAUAAACUUAUGCUACCAUGA